AACAAAUUGUCAGUAAAUUAUUGUAUAACAUCUAUAAAAAGCAAGUCAUAAAUGAACAUUUCAAAAAACCAUGAAAAUGUAUUCCAAAAUUUUAAUAGUUGUGCUCCUUGCAUAUUUUUUGGAUAAUUUAUCAGCGGCUAUACUUAAACCACCCAAACCUAUAUCUUUGAAUGAGAAAAAUAGUCCAGUUCAAUCUAAAAACAUUUUAGUUCAAAAUCAACCUAUUAAAAGUCAUCAUCCUGUUUUGGGGAAUUUCAAAGUUAAUCCUGUUAUUCCUUUUAAUAUUCCACCAGGACCUCCAUCACCCAAAUUACCUCCUGCAGUAUCACCAGCACCUCCAGAACUUACUACAGUACCACCAGUACUUUCAGCACCUCCAACACCUCCAACACCUCUAUCACCACCAACACCUCCAGCACCUACAUUUUUACAAAAUAUAAAAAAAGAAAAUGUCAAUCAUCAAGGAUUUGAUAAACUUGAAGAAGGAGAUGAUUAUGAUGAAGAGGAAGUAGAAGAAGAAAUAGAAGAUGAAGAUAUUAAAGAACCUUUAGAAAAUAGUAAAACUGUGACAAGUACACCUAUACAAAAUUCUCCAACUUUUAAACUUACAGUACCAGAAAUUGUGAAACAAGAAAAUGUCAAUCAUCAAAGCUUUGACAAAUUUGUAGAAGGAGAUGAUUAUGAUGAAGAGGAAGUAGAAGAAGUAGAAGACGGAGAUAUUGAAGAACCUCUAGAAAAUAGUAAAACUGUGACAAAUGCACCCAUACUAAGUUCUCCAACUUCUAAACUUACAGUACCAGAAAUUGUGAAACAAAAAAAUGACAAUCGAGGAUUUGACAAACUUGAAGAAGGGGAUUAUUAUGAAGAAGGAGAUGAUUAUGAAGAAGAUUAUGAUGAAGCAGUAGUAGAAGAAAAAGAUGGUCAUAACAGUAAAGAAUAUUUGGAAGAACCAAAUCAUAGUACUACUUUAAUACCAACAAAAAAUAUAACAAUUAAUGGAGUCCAAGUAAAUCCACCUUUAAUAAUAAAUAAUACAAUCACUACAAUACCACAAUUAUCUGAGGAUGAAUUGACAGAAAAUAAUUAUUAUGAUUCUGAAUAUUUCAUCAAUACUAAUGAAGACAAUCAAGAAUAUCAAAAUUAUAAUGAGUGGGAAUCAGAGUCUUCUAAUAUUAAAAAUAAACCUACUGAUAUUUAUGAAACUCUAGACAGAACAAAUGAGAAUACCCAAGAUCAAUCAAUCAACAAUAAUGAAUUUGAAUCAAAACCAUAUAACAAUACACAGAUAUAUACUGAUAAACAGGAAGAAAACAUAGGAAAUCAAUUUAAUAAUCAAUAUGUGUCCGAAAAUAAUGAAAAAAUUGUCAAUGGGUAUAGAGCUCUUAAGAAAAUAUUAUAUAUGUUACAUGACUAUGCAAGCUUAACAUUCGAUUGGAUCAUAAACAAAAUAAAUUACCGUAUGGAACAGCUCUGAGUUAGAUAAAAAAUUAUAAUAUUAUAACAUUCAGUUAAAAAGUGAAUAAAUAACAGACAAUAAUUGGAAAAUAAUCAGCAUUAAU